GGGCAGAUAGUAUUGUGCCGUUGGCUCAUGCCGUAGUGGUCCUGAUACCAGCAGGUCCUUGCUACUAAGGAAAUCCCGGAGACUCGCUUGUCACGCGCACUAAUCCGAAGGAUGCGAGGACCCGGAAGUUCCUGGUGAUGUGACCCCAGCCAAGCAAGUGUCGCGAAUUCCAUUGACUGAUUGUUCAUAAUCGUUAUCAGAACUAUAGACAUCGUGAAAAAUCACCCCUGUCGACGUCACGGGACUCUUCGUGAUUUCAGAUUAGAGAUUAUGAUGGACUUUUGGAAAGACGUUGUUAUCGUUAAAAGUUGUGAAGCUGCAAUCGACAAUUUAGCAAGUGCAAAACAGAUUUUACACAUGGACAGUGAAAGUGACAGUUGGAGUUGUAAAACAUAGAUAUCUGAUCAACAUGCACGUAGUUUAAUUCGUGAUAUUAAUUGAAUUUAUACAGAAAGAUUGUUCAGAAGACUGCAAGAGAACAACGCCUUGAGAUUGACCGACGGCUGGCGGACUUGUGCUGAUCGCUUGCUUGACAGGAAAUUUUCUUACUUGUUGCAGUAAAAUUUACAAGACAGGUGAAGCGUUGUUUUAAACAUUAGGUAUCACGGGAUCGAUUCUGAAAACCUCAAAAACUAUCAGAGAUAUGUAAAAUAUCGACAUCAAAAAGCAAUAUUAUCUCUGACUGAGCUGAAGAUCUUAAUUUAAAUGUAACUUACAUCUAAAAUGAAAGAUUUAAAGAUUCGUUCGUGAAACAGCGAGUCACAAUUUUCGCAGUCUUAAUGUUCUUCGCGAGCGGGAUUCAUAAACAGUGAUCUAUGGAUUAUGUUGCUCAGUGACCGUGCUCCAGAACAGAAGAUGUAAAGGCACGUUGACCGGAGAGACAGCUUCUCACAAUUAGUCAGUUAUCUUUCGAUCCCUUGCAUCCUUGACGGACAGAUGAUCUCAGUGUACCAGUGAUCAGGAGAUUUUCUCCUUCCCUGGUGAUCGGGCUUCGCGCUGAUCCCGGGGAUUGAUGCGAGUGGACUGAUCGCUCUCCGAGGGAGAGAUAAAACGCCGGCGAGUUGGUAUCGAAGAUGGUCCUGGAGCCUGGAGGUGGUCUGUCGUUUCCGUUGCCUCCCGGCAGCGGAUCUAGCGCCUCCGGAGGAUCCCUGCUGGCUCCAACCAGGUUGUUCCAAAGGACGACGCCUGUGUUUCCGUUCCAUUUGACAGGAUGGCCGCCGCAUCAUCCGGUUCUGGGACAGGUGCAGAGCCAGGUCCAGCAGAGCAUGCAGGCUCAGCAUCAAGCCGCUGCCGCGGCGGUCAGGUUCCUCAGUCAUCAUCAUCCGCAUCAUCCGCAUCCGUCGCUGAGCAAUCACUCUCUCGUACCGGCGAUCACCGGACAUCAUUCCACCGUGCAUCACUUGCAUCAUGCGGCAGAUCACGGAGACGAGGAUGAUGAGAAGAAGGGCUGUGACGGCGAGUCGGAUGAGGGCGGCAACAAGAGGCGAAGAAGCCGGACCAACUUCAACAGCUGGCAGUUGGAGGAACUGGAGCGGGCCUUCAUGUCGAGUCAUUAUCCCGAUGUCUUUAUGCGAGAAGCUCUGGCUGUGAGACUCGAACUGAAAGAGAGCCGCGUGGCGGUGUGGUUCCAAAAUCGAAGAGCAAAGUGGCGGAAGAAGGAACACACGAAAAAAGGCCCCGGCAGGCCGGCGCAUAAUGCUCACCCUCAAAGUUGCAGCGGCGAACCGAUUCCACCUGAAGAAUUGAGACGGAAAGAGCGGGAGAGGCGACAGAAGAAGUUAUUGAAGGCGCUCGAGAGGCAACAGCGAAAGCUUGCCGCCAAAGGCAUAACAGUGGACUUGUCGACGCUGCGUGCCGAAUGGGAGUCUCGCAGCGAAGCGGCGUCGGGACGCGGCUCCGCUAGUGGUCCGCUGAGCAACUCGUUCGGUCAACUCGGUUUGAACAGCGAGGGCAACAACAUUGCGUCCGGUAACGAUGCUAACGAGGAGAUCGACGUGGUCGGCGGACUGGAUUCCUGUAGCGAGAGCGGGAGCGAGCGGGUGGACUCCGCAGCUGAUGGUUCCGUGGACGGUGAAUGUUAUCCGGCACGGAGUAGCAGCGCGAACGAGACAGGAAACGAACUCCGGAAGAACCAUCAGCCGAACCAUCCAUCGCCAAUGGAGCAUCUGAAUCAUCAACCAGGUAUUCAUCACUGGGGCUUAAGCCUGUUGGAGCGGCGACGCGAGCUGGUGGGAGUCGGGACGGGUCGCCAACCGACCGGUAAUAGUGCCAGGAACCUAAUCAGACAGGCCGCCAGCGAGGAGGAAGUCCAGAGUGGCAGCAUUGAUCUCUCAGUGAAAGGCAGAGAGGAGAGGAAGAGGCUAAAUCCCUUCUCUAUCGACAGUCUGCUGGGGAACAAUCGAACUAGCGCGGCGUCCGAACGUAGGCCAGUGACUCCGACGUCGCCGACGUCACCCAUCUCUUCGGCUUGCACGUCGCCCUCUACGACGUAGUGAACAAGCGAGGGUAGACGCCGAGGGUAGAGCCGGAUUAAAGGGACGCGGUUGAUAGUGGCGACGUGCGUGUUUUCGCGUUCGGGUUCCCCCAUUCAUUAAGACUUUCAGUUACGACAAAGUGACCAUUAGAAAAGAGCAAAGGCUGAAACGCGAAAAGCGGACCGCUGACUUUCCUGGUUGAAGAAUCGUGCGAGUGGGCCAAUCGCGGUAACAUUCUUGUUCCCGUUUCUACCAGGACACGCCCGCUUUGACUGAAGUCGAUAAGUUGAUGGAUAUCCUCGCGUACUUAUAGACAUUCUCACGUCCGCCGGUGAAUGCAUCUAGAUUCUUGAUGACUCCAAGGUUCCUGAGGGUACAAAUUUAAGAAAAUUCAAAGACGAGAAGAUGUAAAUCGAUGUAGAUUUUAAAGAGAUCUAAGAAUUGACUCGUUAGUGGUGACGCGCAAGUUACAUCGCGGUAACAAGAUAAUCUUGAAACUCUCUGAGUCUAGAGAAAUUCAAGGAUCUAAUGAUCGCAUUAUCGACACGGGCCAAUAAGACUUAUAUCAGUUUGACAUAUCGAAUGCAUGCGUGACCAUUGUAGAUCGAGUGCGUUUGAUUUCGUCCAUUGUAUCUCCUUUCAGAGAAAAGAAUGGAAAUAUGUGCAAUAAACGCGGACUCGCUUGCCGACUCGGCAAGUGUCGUCUAUCUUUGAGAUAUAAAAGAAAAAAAAAAGAGAGAUAGAUAAGGGAGAAAAAGAGAAACAGAGAGCAAGAGUACGAAUGCAUACGUGUGUAUUUAAUGUAAAUAGUGGGAAGGAUGUCCGUUUUAUUUAAUUUUAAUAGUCGAUACCCCAGUGUUCGUUGAUUGCGGAUAUUAUUUAAAGCAAUAGAGCAGGGGUUCUCAAGACUUGAGAUUUGUCAUGUUGAAUAAUUAUGCAAAUUACCGGAAAAUUACUCAGCUCGUGAUUUAAAUUUCCAUGGGAGACAUAAAGAUGGGAGCUUUUGAACAAAUUGGAUGACUCUUUCCGCCAUUUCAUUUUUUGUAGUAACGAAAUGUGUACCUACGAUAUCAAUCAGCUUGAGAUAAUGUGGGAUGAAAAUAUGAAAGCUUGAGGACCUCUGUGAUAGGAUUUUGCCUGGCGUUGUAUAUAAACUUAAAGAUCCUAGGCGAGCGCAAACACACAGCCGCGGUACAAAGACUUGCUCCUCCACCCCCGUAAGCAAGGUUGAUCUACGAGCUCGUUUAUGAUUUAGGGGUGAUUAAGAGUUGCCAUACGAUGAUCCGGGAUAUUGCGAAAUCAGUACCUAUCAUAUAUCCAUUAAAAAUAUAUUAAUUUAUUCUCCAGAU